GCCGUUUUCUCCAUGUUUAUGCCCCCCAUUUCUCUCCACGCCCAUGUGACUUGGUCCUCUUCCCUCUCUCUCUCUCUCCCCCUCUCCAUUCCAUUCUCCUUCACUUCUCCAUUGUAUCUUUCAGUUUUUUCUUUUAAAUAUUAGUUCUUUGGCCAUUCUAGAGAUGGACUUAAUGCAGACCCUGACAGUCAAGCAAAUCUAAGUCCUUUCUCUCUCUAUCCAGCUGUAUAUACAAAUUUUGGGCUUCAAAAACCAGACACCCAGAUCGAAUUGGAGCGUUAAAGACCUGAUUUUGAAACAUUUGGGAGAUGGGCUUUUGAGUUCAUCAUCGAUUGACUGAGGUAGGGGUGUCUUCUCUGUUUCUCAAGUUUGUGCUGUUGUUUCAUUCUUUUUGGUACUAAUAGAGAGAUUUCAAAGGAAGAAUAAGAAAGUUUGUAUCUUUUUGGUUAUAAUGAGGGAUUUUCCUUCCUGUUUUGGUGAGAGUGGUGUUCAAGUUGCUGAUUCUUCUUCAUCAAGUACUGCUAAGGCUGCUCAAAAUUUGGUUACCUGUGUCUAUCAGUGUAAAUUUCAUGGUAGAUCAUGCUUGAUUACGGUUACAUGGACCAAGAGUCUCAUGGGUCAAGGCCUUUGUGUUGCAAUUGAUGAUUUGGCCAAUCAGUGUUUGUGCAAAGUUGAUAUAAAACCAUGGUUGUUCUCAAAGAGAAAAGGGUCAAAGAAUUUGGAGGUAGAUUCAAGUAAGGUUGAUAUAUAUUGGGAUCUAUCUAAUGCUAGAUUUGGUUCUGGGCCGGAGCCACUGGAUGGAUUUUAUCUGGCUGUUGCAUUUGACCAAGAAACGGUGCUACUUCUGGGGGAUUUGAAAAGGGAGGCAUGCAAGAAGGUUGAUUCUGCUCCUGUCAAUUCCAAUGCCAUUUUCAUUGCAAAAAGGGAGCACAUUUUUGGGAAGAAAUUGUAUGGUGUCAAGGCUCAAUUUUGUGACAAGGGACAGAUGCAUGAUGUUACAAUUGAGUGUGACACAUUUGAUGCUAAAGAUCCAUGCCUUAUUAUCCGAAUUGAUAGUAAGACAGUGCUGCAGGUCAAGCGGCUCAAGUGGAAGUUCCGCGGUAACCACACCAUUUUGGUGGAUGGGCUUCCUGUGGAAGUGUUUUGGGAUGUGCACAACUGGCUAUUUGGUAAUGCAAAUGGGAAUGCAGUUUUCAUGUUCCAAACUUGCCUAUCUGCAGAAAAAUUGUGGGCUAGUCAAUCUAUUUUUGAUCCAUCUGUCUUGACAUGGUCUUACUCUCAGAAAUUUAGGGAUCAUCAGUUACAAGGUCUUGGUUUCUCACUGAUACUGUAUGCUUGGAAGAACGAAUAGAUUUGUAUUUUUCAGUUUUUACUUGAGAGAGUUUAGAAAUACUUUGUGCUAUAUAUUUUCAGUUUUUCACAGAAUGUGAUUGAAAUACAGUGUAUGCAAUUUGUAAGUUCCUAUCCAUUCAUUUCUUGUCAGUUGUAGGGUAGCUUAUUAUCUUGUGUAUCUGCAUCAACCAAUAUGUCUUGCUUGCUUUUAUUGCAUUAACAUGGCCUUCAGUCCAUUUUCCU